ACAUGUAUUUUUUCCCCCUGUUUCGGGACUUUUUUUGGGCGUUCUGAAAUAGCUUAAUUAUAUAAGCGUUUCGAUUCGGUUUGUGUGCUGAGAUGGCGCAGGAGUGCGGAGUCAGAGUGCUGUGUCGGUUUAGACCAAUGAACGAGUCAGAAGUCAAGAGAGGAAGCAAACACAUCCAGUUUAAAGGCAGUGAUACGCUGGUGGUCAGUGGUAAGCCUUAUGUGUUUGACCAGGUUUUUCCACCCAACACAACACAGGAGCAGGUUUAUGAAUCCUGUGCUAAAGACACUGUCAGAGAUGUUCUGGAUGGCUACAAUGGCACCAUAUUCACCUACGGCCAAACGUCAUCUGGGAAAACACACACCAUGGAGGGAAGGCUCCAUGACCCUCAGAUGAUGGGGAUAAUUCCUCGUAUCGCUCAUGAUAUUUUCGAUCACAUUUACUCCAUCCAGGAGAACCUCGAGUUCCAUAUUAAGGUUUCCUACUUUGAAAUCUACUUGGAGAAAAUCAGGGAUUUGUUGGACGUGUCGAAGACCAACCUGGGGGUGCACGAGAAUAAAAAUCGUGUUCCAUAUGUAAAGGGUUGUACCGAACGCUUUGUCUCCAGUCCAGAAGAAAUGAUGGAAGUGAUCGAUGAUGGAAAAGCAAACCGACACGUAGCAGUAACCAAUAUGAACGAGCACAGCUCCCGUAGCCACAGCAUCUUCCUCAUCAAUAUCAAACAGGAGCACCUGGAUACGGCGCACAAGCUCACAGGGAAACUCUACCUGGUCGACUUGGCUGGCAGCGAGAAGGUCAGUAAAACAGGUGCCGCAGGAACGGUGCUGGAUGAAGCAAGAAUGAUCAACAAGUCUCUAUCAGCUCUGGGCAAUGUGAUCUCUGCACUGGCAGAGGGGACUAAAACCCACGUGCCGUACCGUGACAGUAAGAUGACUCGGAUCCUCCAGGAUUCUCUGGGUGGAAACUGCAGGACCACCAUCAUCAUCUGCUGCUCUCCGUCUGUCUUUAACGAGGCUGAGACGAGGUCCACGCUCCUCUUUGGACAAAGAGCAAAGAGCAUCAGAAACACGGUGCGUGUGAAUUUGGAGCUGACUGCAGAGGAGUGGAAGAAGAAAUACAACAAAGAGAAACAGAAAGGAGUUGAUAUGAAAGAGCUGAUAGAGAAACUUCAGUCCGAGCUCCAUCAGUGCAGGACUGGUGUGUACGUUCCUGUGAUGGAGCAGUUGAGUGACAAAACGCAGGAAGAGCUUUGUGAACACACACCAAUCAUCUGUAACAGUUUGGCGACUGACGCAUCAGUCGUAGAAAGAGUUCAGUACGAGAAGAACGUCAACAACUUGUUCCUGCUAAUGGAUGAUAAGGAUGAAGAGAUUAACCUACAGACGCAACUGGUGGAGAAACUGAGGCUGCAGAUGGAAGUUCAGGAGGAGUUCAUGGCCUCGUCGCAACGCGACUGCGCUCGUGUUCAGGAAGAGCUUCGUUCUCUGCAGAGAGACAACCAGGAGAUGAGAGGAGAGGUGAGGGACAUGCUGUCUGCUCUGGAGGAGCUCGCUCUAAAGUGCGAUGAGAAGAGUCAUGCGGCGUCCGACUGGACACACACUGACCGCACGCUGAGCGAACAGCUCGGCGUGAAGAACGAGAUGCUAGCGGCCACUCAGGGCGAGCUAGCAGAGUUGCAGGAACUCUACGCUGUUCAGAAGAGGAGGAUGGUGGAUGUUCUACGUGUGCUGCUCAGAGAUCUGGGCGACAUGGGAACCUCCAUCUGUGAUGGAGAAAUCAAAAUGGUGUGUGAGGCUGGCGUCUCUUUAGACGACGAGGUCUCAGUGGUUCGACUUUUCCUCACGAAGCUCAAGUCUGAAUUAAAAAGACUCCUGAAUCACAUCCAAGAGUUAGAGUCCACCCAAGAGUGCGCGUCGAUCAAGAUCCAGGACGAUGAGACCGAGCUUGCAUCCUGUCACGUCCUCAUCUCUCAGUACCAGGUGAAGAUCAGGUCUUUGACCGAGAGUGCGCAGAAAGCCGAGGAGACGAGGAGAGCGCUGGAGAACGCUCAGCGCACGCUCGAAGAAGAGUUAACCAAACUUCAUACGUACGAAAGCAACCAGGAUUUGUGUGAGUUUGAGAAGCAGAAAGAGCUCCUAAAGAUGACGCAAUCGCAGCAGAGCCAGUGUCAUCUGAUUAAGAGUUCUACAGAGACUCCGUCAAAGAUGUUGGUUCAACUACGUGAGGAGCUCAACAACAAGCAGAAGAUGCUGAACAAACUAAAGGAGUCAAACGAGAUUUUGGUGCUGGAGCACAAAAGGCUGCAGUUUGAAUAUGAAACCCUGAGGCUGCGAGAGCAGGAGAAAGAUCUCAAACUACAGAAACUAACCAUGUCUAAGGAGAAGACGGAGCACACCAGCGAUGAGAUGGGAGACUUCGAAGAGACACUGGUCCGUCAGCUCCAGUCUUUACAUCAUUUGCGGAAGAUGUUUGUGCAGGAUCUGACCACGCGUGUGAAAAAGAACACUGAGGCGGACUGUAAGGAUGGAGGAAGCUGCGUGCUACAUAAACAUAAGAUGUCCUUUCUGGAGCACAAUCUAGAACAUCUCACCAAAGCCCAUAAACAGCUGCUAAGAGAAAACGCAGCCCUGCGCUGUGAGCUGCCCAAACUGGAGAAGCGUCUGUGUGCGAUGACUGAGCGGGUGAAGGCUCUGGAGUGCACUCUGAAAGAAACCAAACAGAGAGCAUCACGAGAGCGUAGCCUCUACCGGCAGGAGGUGGACCGCAUCAAAGACGCAAUACGAGCCAAGAACGUGGCCUGCUGCGGACCCGCCGCUCUCAUCACUAAGCCUAUUCGUGCUGGCCACCAUCACACCUUUUCUGUAACUCCUAGGAGAGGAGGACCAACCAUCUAUAGCUAUCACCAUGCUUAAUCUGUGGGUGGGUGUGUGUGUGUGUGUGUGUGUGUGUGUGUGGUCUUCUCACUGUCUUGUGGUAAAUUAUUGGAAUAGAUGUGCAGAUUUCUUCCUGUGGUUUUGGCCGUUUCUUCACAAGUCUGUCUCAAUUUGAACCGAUGAAAUUAAAUAUCUUCUUUCA